AUGGAGGAAAACAUAGGAAACCCUAAACUUAUGUGGAAACACUUAAAUUGUCUGCUAAAUAGAAAGUCUAAACGUACUGGUGUACAAGCCAUCAAAACUGACGAGGGAGACGUUGUCGAGAGCCAGACAAUAACCGAACUGUUUAAUGAGUAUUUUUCUAAUAUUGGUCCAACCUUAUCAAACCAAAUAACAAGCAUAAGUAGCCAGGGUUUUGAAAGUUACAUGACGCAUGAAGCUUCUGGAAUAUUUGAAUUUGCGACUGUUGAUAGCACAAUUGUACUUAAUGAACUGGAAAAAUUUAACUCGUCUAAAUCGACAGGCCCAGAUAAUAUCCCAGUUAAACUGUUAAAAGACUCCAAAGAGACAGUUGCACCUUUCUUGGCAUACAUAUUUAAUACUUCCCUAUGUAGUGGGAUAUUCCCUGAUAACCUUAAGGUGUCAAGAGUCUCACCAAUUUAUAAAAAAGGUGAUAAAAAAGAAAGGGUUAAUUAUAGAAAGAUAUCUGUUUUUUCAACUAUCGCUAAACUAUGUGAGAAGCUCGUAUGCAUACAGUUACCAGAUUAUCUAAAUGCAAAUGACAUUCUAAGCCCGUGUCAGUCAGGCUUCCGUCAGAACCACUCAACAAUGUCGUCCUUGUUGUCAAAUAGCGAUUCAUAG